AGAUAUCAACAAAUUUUGCACGUCAUUUAUAUUUUGAGUGAGAUUGUGAUCAAAUGGCGUCUUCAAAAAAUUUGCUCUUUCUUUUUGGUGUUCUUUUCGCACUUGUACUCCUCAUUUCCUCUGAUGUUACAACACCAGAUCAGGAGACCACGAAGGCCACUGGUGUCCACGAUGCCAGUUCAGGUGAGGUUCAUCAGGAUCCUGUAGCCGAAUAUGUUUGCGCAUUUGGUUGUUGCCGCUUUUUCAGACAUUAUUGCUUUAGAUGCUGUCCACCUGCUGAGAAGACCCCUAAUGUUGAAUUUGGAGAUGAGGUUAAGAAUUAAAGCUAAGUCAAUAAGGAUGUGAGAUCCGUAACACCUAUAUUAUUACCUUAAUAUGUUGUGUUUGUCUUGAUGGUUGAUUUCCUCUUAUGCGUAAAAGGACUCGUGGAGCUUCUCUUUGACUUGGUGUAGAAUCAACAGGGGAGGCAUGUAAUGAGUACUCAGCUCGACUGCCCUUCUUGUGUUGUUGUCAUGUUGAAUAAAUAAAUCUACUUGAUCAUCUACGACACUUGAUGAUCUCUAUCUCAGUUACAUCAGAAA